AUGGUCUUCAUCGUCAAGAUACCCAACCGCUCGCGAGCUAAUACCCCAGAAGCAUCCAACACACCCUCCAACGAGUCGGUCCCACCGCUGCCCACCAUGUCGCACCAGGCAUUCCAGAUGGAUGUCGGACAGGCACCUCUGCCCGCACCAACUGCAUCCGCUGGUAUGGAUGUUCCCGGUGCAGCAUCGUCAAGCUUGCUACCUGUCACAAGCGCCGAAGCGAGCACACCUCCCACACAGCUUGGCGCAGAGCUCGAUAUCCUGCUGGCGCCCUCCGUGCUCAACCAUAGAUAUGUACGCGGCGUCGAUAAGAGCCUCAUCGUAGAACGACCGGAGCGCAUCCGUGCUGUCCUCCUCGGAAUUGCGACCGCCAUCGGAAAGACAACGUCAGACCGGCCACAGCAGCCGCCACUGCCGACACACACAACGCAGCACUCCCCCACCAAAGCUCCUAUUCAACAGCAGAACGUAUUCGAUCUGUCCACGCCAUCUCAAUUGUCGGCCACUACGUCCGCUGCGACAGCGCAGCCAGCAUCGGCAAACCAUACUUCCGCUACUGAAGACGACGAUCUCGUAGCGCGACUAAGCUCCCUCACUGUCCAGUCACAGUCGCUUCAGGUACAGCAGCCGGCUGUAACGGCACAGUUGCAAAAGUUCCGCGUCCUUCACUCGACAAGGUCCCUGCCGCUCGACCCACCUCAUCCUGCCGUUGCUUUUGCGCAUGCGCACUCGGACGAGCUCGUCACCGUUCUAGAAAGCGCCUACGACCAAGCCAAGCAGAAGCGACGAGAUGCACGUGCAGCUUCCUCUAUGCCGCCAUCUGCAGCACUGCGAUCUUCGCUCGACCCAGCUGAUGCCAAGCCCGAACGCGAAACCACGCCUACCCCUGCAUCCAUCGCGUCUGACCCGUCACUGCAGCAGCAGGCGCAACCGGGCCCAUCGCCCAUAUCGCCAGUGCGCACCUCUCACGCCGCUUACCUCGAAUACCUUUGCAGUCGAGCGCCAAAUCAUCCACCGCUUUCACAUCGUAAGCCAACACAAUCGUCGCCAGCAAAGUCGAUCCCCGAGGACAGCGAGGCGUACACUUCUAGCGAUGGAGAGGGAGACGAUGCCAUGCAUCUUUCCGAGGUGCCGGAGCACUUGCCUCAGGGUGACCUGUAUCUCGCGGGUCCCGAUGACCAUGGUGGCCAGGACGGUGGAUCGGGCCAGGCUAUCCGUCAUGCGAUGGGUGCUUGCUGCGAGGCGGUGGACCGAGUCGUAUCAGCGGCAGCAGCAUCGACGGGGACCACAUCAUCGAAACCGUCGGUCCUUAGCGAGAUUCACGUUGAAGACUCGGCUCACUCACCCAAACUUUCAGCUGAUCCAGCUCCUGCCGCCAAGCGUGCAUUUGUUCUGAGCCGACCACCCGGUCACCACUGCUCCGGCUCUACACCCCAAGGCUUCUGCUGGGUCAACAACGCCAUCGUCGCUUCUGCCCACGCCUACCUCGAACACGCCAUAGACCGCAUCGUCAUCUUCGACAUCGACCUCCACCACGGCAACGGCACCCAGAACCUCGCCUGGCGCAUCAACGCCGACGCCAACAAGCACGACGACCAGCGCGCCGAACGCAUCUCCAGCCUGCGCGCUGCUGCGCUCGAGCGAGCGCGCCAAGCCCUCGUCGCAGCUGGUGGCAGCGGCCGUGCACACGCCAGCAGGCUCGCCAAAGUGGCGUUGACAGAGCAGGAUGAGGCCGACGUGAGGAGGCAGGCGGGUCCGAGAGCGUUGAGGUUGUUCUACAGCUCGUUGCACGAUAUCGAGUCGUUCCCGUGCGAGGAUGGAGAUGCCAACAUGAUCAAGGAUGCAAGCACGUGUGUCGAGGGCGCACACGGUCAGUGGAUAUGGAACGGUAAGUACUUUUUUGUGGGGGCCCGAAUGCGGGACGUCAAGGAUGAAGUAAGAAGCAAAAUGGUAAAAGGUCUGAAGAAGGUCUGGCGUAGUUCGCUCGGCAGUCUUGUGACGUAA